GAAAUGUGCGUGCUGUAUAGAUAUAUUUGCAAUUGAAAUUUUAUCUUUAGAUAAAGAAAAUUAACUGCUUCGGAGUUUUGGUGAUUUGUUAAGAAAAGUUUAAAUUUUACCACCAAAGAUGGAGGGAUGGAUAGUGUGUAUAACUAUUAGUUUUUUAAUACCUGAAACGAUUUUCCUAUUCGUGGGAUUCUUCACUCCUCACUGGGUGUCAGAUUCGGCUUGCGAUGCAGUUGGUUUGUUCUAUAAAUGUUGUUCGGUGUCCGACGACAACAUUCGAAAUAUAACCGCCAAUAGUACCAGUGAUGUCAACCUCAGCAGUAUGAUUAAUGUUAGCCGGUCUAACAAUGAAACAGCUGUUUCCACAAAAUGUGAAUACAAAGGUGCAGAGAGUCUAGAUGUCCGUAUUCUUGGAUUAGAAGCAACAACAUUAGCAUUGGUAAUGUUACCUGUUCUCCUGAUACCUCUGUUCAUAUGCAGUGAUGAAUCGGAAGGAUGUACAGAAAGGCUAGAACAGUUAUCAUUACUUGGUUCCAUGAGCCAUUGUAUUGCAGGUAUAAUCUCUUAAAACAUCAUUACUGAUAAAAGCUGUUUGUUUGUGCGUGUAAACAGGGAAUGCUUUCGAACUGUUUUAUGAUUAAAGAGUGAGGUUAAUCACCAGUAAAGUAGUUCCAGUUACGCACUGGUGUUUUUUUUUUCAACUGACCCUUCUAAAGUGGUGCGGUGCUAAGUUUCUUUUACACGUGUUAUUGUGUCUUUUUCUUUUUUAAAUAUUACAUUUUGUGUUUAUGUAUAAAGGUGUCCGAUUAG